CCUAUGUAGGCAUUGAGGAACUACCGUACAUGCCAUUUUUGUCCUUGUAUUUGCAAUUAGGUGCAAAAUCAGAGUCAGCUGACGUUCCGUCAAAGUUUACUACAACACGUAACAUGGGUUCCUGCAAACGUAAAAUUGAAGAAGUACUAGAAGUAUAUGAAACGGAUGCUAAAGAAACAGGAAAGGAAUUUAUCAAGAAGAUUAGACUUGAAAAUAAUAGAGAUUCAGAUGCUUCAGAUUCUGAAAUCAAAGAGUUCCGAGAGCAUUUUCAGACCUCACUUGGAUUGUUUGGACUAUCGUCGAACAUUUACAAUUGCUUAGAGCAGUCUACAUCAGACUCAUCAUCGAACAAGGUUAAUGAUAUCACAAAUAGCCUUAAACAUUUAUUGUCUGUUGAUCCUGUGAUGGGAGAAAAUCAAGAAACAAUGGAGAUAGUUAAACCUGAGAAUACUGAACUUAGAAAUGAGAAUGCUAAAGUUAUGUAUAAAAAUGCAAAAUUAAGACAAGCUUUAGAAGAAUAUGAAACCAGAAUCACAAAAUUAGAACAGGGAGAAAAAAUUUCACAAUACAUUGAUAUUCCAGAAUCUGGUAUAACUAAUAAUGCUUCAAAUUCUAAUGGUGCUUAUAAACAGAUUGGUGUUACUAUUAUUAGUCCUGGGGGUGGUAACAUUGGUUAUGGUG